AGUCGAUAUUUAGGCCGCACUCGAUUUCGAACCGUGUCGAGAGAUGUUUUCUCGGACCCUGAGCCUCCUCCUGCUCGCAUGUGCAACUAUCGCCGCUCCUCUCGAAUCUCGCGAGAACAGCUUGAUCAAGCGGGCGUGCCCUAGUACCGCUGGUGAUGCGCCCUAUAGUUUCGAUUGCGGGGCUUACACUUCGACUGUAACGUGCCCUACCGGCAUCACGGGGAGAGACAUAGUAUUCCUUGUCCACGGGACCACGUCCACGGGCGAAGAGACCUGGCAGACAGGCCCCUAUGUCCAGCUGCUACCGUCAUACGGCGACGGAUAUGAUGUUUGCUACGUCACUAUACCUGGCCGGUCACUCGACGACGCUCAAGUCAACGCAGAGUACGUGGCUUAUAACAUUCAGGACCUGGCGGGCAAGUCGGCAAACGGAAAGGUCUACGUUAUCGGGCACUCUCAGGGGAACCUGAACAUCCAGUGGGCUUUGGCAUUCUGGCCAUCUUUGAGGCCCCUUGUGUCUGGGUUCGGCAGUAUCGCUGGGGACUUUUUCGGUACCGCCGAGGGCCCUCUGGUCUGCCUCCCUCAAAUGCUUUUGCAGGGCGGUUGUGGACCUUCAGUAAUCCAGCAAACCAUCGGCUCCAACUACCUCGCGGCCCACAAUCGUCGAGGUGGUUCGGCAUUGGUUCCGACCCUCUCAGUCUACACAAUCACGGACGAUGUGAUCCAGCCCGAGAUCAUUAACCCUACCAGCGCCUUGCCGGGAGCUACCGUGGCGUCGGCGCAAGAGCUCUGCAGCUUGCUGAGAAUCGAGGAUCAUUUCACAUUAACCGUCAGCCCUGUCGCCUUCCACUUUAUUGCCGAUACGAUACAGCACGGCGGAGUACCGGAUCGCUCUCGUUUCGAAUCGCGCUGGUGCUCCUACCUAACCGAUGGGAUCGAAAACCCUGACCUAUUCAAACAGACCGCGGGUCUUCAACGUCAGAUUUUCAAAGACACCAUCACCCUCCUCAGCAAUGUUCCGAGAACCAAUUCCGAGCCUGUGAUCAAGCCUUACGCUGCAUAGUCGGAGCUACACCUUUAAAUCACUGAAUUCUUCAUGUAACGCUUUGAAAUCGAAGCUAAGCUCUAUCGUCCCACGAUGGUAACCGCGUAUCGACAUCAAUCGACUGAUUAAUACCGCCGGUUUUGGUAAAGCAAGAAACACCCGUGUCUGUUCGUCUGUAUUCCCGCGGAUGGCGAAUGUCCGAUUACAUCAUGUGGCCAGAUCAAGCACAAUAAUUGUCAUCCUUG